AUGGUGCCUUGUUUUGCUCACGGAGCCAUACGAUUCGACCAGCAUCUUUUGAUCAAAGCCAUAGCGCGACGAAAUGAAGAACGCCGGGUGUCACCCCCUCGGAUUUUACCAAGAAACACUGAGCACUACUUGGCCGUAUUUGACAGGGAAAUCGUCUUUCAAGAUUCAUUUGAAUUCAUGAAAGCUUCCUUGAGCUCGAUUGCGGAAUCCAUGAAGAAUGCCAAGAGCACCGUUGGAGGGUCCAACGCCAAGAAUCCAACCGUGUUCCCGCUCUUAUGGGAAUAUGUCAGAGGCAACACCGAGCAAUACGAGCUCUUGAGUAGAAAAGGUGUGUUCUGUUACGACUUCCUAGACGGGGAAGAUAAACUCAAACUCGAUAAACUCCCUUCAAAAGAGGUGUUUUAUGAUUCUCUUCGUGAAGUAAGCGUCACGGAGGCCGAAUAUAAACACGCGGAGCGGGUGUGGAGGGCUGCGGCUUGCCAAAAUCUGAAAGAUUACCUACUGGUCUAUCUGAUAACGGACGUGCUUCUCUUGGCGGAUUGUUUUGAGAAAUUCCGCGAUUUGUCUUUGGGUCAUUUCCAAAUGGAUACGGCCAAGUUUUUGACACUGCCACACUUUGCCUUCCACGCCAUGCUGAAGCGCACGCAGGUGCGCUUGGAUGUAUUACACGAUCUAGAAAUGGUGCAGUGGGUGAAACGGGGUGUCAGAGGGGGUGUCGCCUCCAUCAUGCUACGCCACGCCGAGGCCAAUAUCCCCGAAAUGGGCCGAAACUACAGACCCGAGGAGCCUCGGCAAGAAAUCAUGGCGCUCGAUUGCACUAAUUUAUACGGACACGCCCUGAGCAAAAACUUGCCCGAGAAAAACUAUCGUUGGUUGAGCAAGAACGAGAUCAGCAAAUUAAACGUUACAGAAAUUCCAGACGACGCGAGAACGGGUUUUAUCCUGAGCGUAGAUCUCACUUACCCGGCAGAACUACACGAAAGGCACACCAUGUAUCCUCUGGCUCCACACAAAGCGGUGAUUCCUCCGGCCCAAUGGUCGGAUUACACUUAUGAAUUGGGACUAAGACUAGGCGAGGCAUCGUUCUUUAAAUCUGGUCAAGAAAAACUGGUGCCCGAUCUGACUGAGAAGCGGGACUACGUAGUGCACUAUCAAAAUUUAAAAUACUACCUCAAGUGCGGCAUGCGGUUGCGGCGCAUUCGUCGUGUACUGGCCUUUGAACAGAGAUGCUGGAUGCAUGAUUUUGUAGACUUUAUAACCAGCAAGCGUUCAAAGGCGGUCUCCGAUUUUGAAAGCAGCUUUUGGAAGCUGAUCCUGAACAGUAUCUUUGGCAGACUCUUAAUCGACAAAACCAAACACGUCAACAUGAAGCUAGUCAGCAAUGAGGCAGCUUUCAAAAAGUUAUCGAGUAAACCGAAUUUCAAAUCCGUCACGUUCUACGAUAAAACACUAGUAGGGGUACAGUCUACACCCGCAUCCGUUGAGCUGAACAGUCCAGUGGUGGCCGGGUUCACCGUAUUGGAGUUGAGUAAACUCCACAUGUACAAGUUUCACUACAACUUCGUCCUGCCCGUGCUCGGCGGCCCAGAAAACUGCCAACUCUUGAUGACUGACACUGAUAGUCUCGUGUAUCUGGUGAAAAACAUCGAGCCAAAGGUUAUCUUCUCCUCGGUUGCGCCACAGUAUUUCGAUUUUUCAAAUUUCCCCCGAGCGCACGAGUUGUACAGUGAGGUCAAUAAAAAAAUCAAGGGCACAUUUAAAAUAGAAUACCCGGGAGAAUCCAUAGUUGCCUUCGUGGGGGUUCGCGCAAAAAUGUACUGCUUCAAAUUUCUAUCCGAGGGCAGGGAAGCAAAAGCCAAGGGCAUCCCGAGAACGGCAUUACAAAAGUUACAUUUUGAAAAUUAUCACGAUGCGCUGUUUGAACCAGAAAAGCCCCAGAGGUGUCAUUUCAAGGCUAUUCGCUCGAUCAAGCACGAUCUGUUCACCCUCUCGGGCGACAAGAAGGGACUCUCCUGCCUUGACUUGAAACGUUGGGUACGAAGCGACGGUAUUCAGACGUACGCUUACGGCGAUUUUCGGUGCAACCGUCAACCACCCUCCCCCGUACCGUCUCUCGGAAGCAGCAGCUCUAGUGAGGACGACGAAAAAUGA